UAUUAGCAGUCAAGGGAAUAUUUGCUGCUGAUCAUUUGGACGAUCAAGUAAUAUAGAUAACCGGCAAUCGGGAAACCUCGGCAGAUUCCGGUACCCUACAUCGUAGAAUCUGCUGAGGUUUGCCGAAUGAGAUAACCGGAAGUUACAUAUUUCCAGUGAAAGUGAAAGUAAAAGUAGAUUAUUCUUAGUAAUGGUGGAUACUGUUUGUAAAAUCAUAGUACUUAUAUUUGACAAUUUUUGUUGAUAUUGUAGUCGUGUAAAAUAUUAUUCUGUGUCGGGAUGUAAUGGACUGAAAGUAAGGGACAUAGACAGCAUACAAAAUGAAAUGAGGUCAUGUUUUUGGCUAUCAACAAAGUGAUCUUUCACGUGUAUAGACUUGAAUAUCCUGUUUGUGUUACGUGUUUGUUUGAAGAAGGGCUGAAAAUUGGAUAUUACCAGGAUUUAUUAUUGGACAAUAACUUGUUAAACAUUCAUUUUAAUAAAACACAAUGGCAGAACAGACAGAUAAGGAAGUAUGUAGUAUUUGUUUAAAUGACUUUCAGGAACCUAAAAUUAUCGACUGUCAACAUUCUUUCUGCUACAACUGUCUAGAAGAUUACGUUCACAGAACGUCAACUAAUGGUCAGUUUCUUUGCCCACUUUGUCGACAGAAUAUUAUUGUUCCUUUAGGUGGUAUGAAUCAAUUUUCAUCUAAGCAUCAAAUGACAAAUGACUCCACUCUACAGAUUCAACAAUGUGACGUGUGUUUAAACAAUGAAGCAACAUGUCGAUGUCGCGAUUGUCAACAACAUUUAUGUGAUUCAUGUAAAUCAACGCAUGAUAAGUUGGCUGUUUGUAAAGGACACGUCGUUGUCAAGAUAGAUGGAAUUUCCGAACAAGGAUUAAAGGAAAUUACCUUUGAGAAACCAGUUUCUAAUGUGAAAGAAGAUAUAUCCGAGAAUUCAAGAGUCGCAUCCGUACACCCUGCAGAUUUCUGUCCAAAUCACCCGAGCAAGAAAACAAAAAUCUAUUGUAAAGAUUGUUUGGUGGCUGUCUGCUUUAAAUGCUUUGUCAAUGAUCACAAUGGACAUACAUAUCUGGAUCUACAAGAAGAUGAUGUGCGAGAACAAAUCAGAGACGAACUAAAUAAACUGAAAGUAGAAAUAGAAGAACAUAUCAACAAACUUCAAAAUCAUUCAACAUCUUUACAAAGUAGAUUAUCUGACGUGGAAGAAGCAGCCAAAUCGGCUUGUGAGAAUGUUGAUACGCAUGUCAAAAACAUUUCUGAUAAAAUUCACGAAAUAGGAGAAAAUAUAAAAGAAGAAAUCAAAAAAACCUUCAACGAAGAAAAUGAAAAAUUUACAAAGCUGAUGACCGACAUUAAAACUCAGACUGAAGAUUUGCAAUCUGGUGUCAAACUUUCCACCAGUAUUCUAGAAGAUAAUUCUAUUGUUCAAGUUUUGGAGAGAUUGCCAAAUGUGCGCCAGGAAGCAGAUGAAUGUCGUUCCAGAAAGUUUAAUAUCCCGGAUGUGAUGUAUCCAUCGUUUAAAGAAAUGAAGAUAAAUGAGAGAGUUCUACGAGAACAACUUGGUAAAGUAGAUAUACACCAUGAAACAAGAUUUAUUAACACAUUUAAUAUAAAUCAGUUCAAAUCUGCUAAAGUUGUACAUAGUUCUGUUACAACGUUUCAUGGUUUACCGUGGUGUGUCGUGGUACAGAAAAUGCCGACUAUCGAUCCAGGCUUUUAUCUACGUUUAAAUAAAACAGGUCGAAGUUCAGAUAUUUUAUCAUGUCAAGUUGAUUUCUCCCUGGAACUGAUCAACCAUACAGAUGAAAAUAGAUCGAUGACAAGGCAGCUUACACAUAGUUUAAAAGAGUUUCAAGAUAACGAAGGGUUUGGAUGUGGAGAAUUUAUUACCUGGGACAUAUUAACAAACCAAGGCAAUGGUUUUCUUGAUUCCAACAACAACUUCAACAUACAAGUUAUAUUGAAACUAAUGGAUAUUGAAAAGAGACAAACAUUGUAGAAAUAUAAAUAAUUAUAAAUCUACUGUUUAAUUAGCAGAUAUAUAAUACAUGUACAUGUAUAUAUGUGUGUCAAUACUAACUAGAUUGUGUUGAUUUCAUUUUUUUAGACCAGGAACUUGACAUGUUUUUGACAUGAGUUAUCCAGAAGUAAUAUAUUAUAGAUGAUUAUAUCCUAUAUUUGUUUAUGUAGAAAAACAAAAGUCAAGUAAAAUCUAAUGAAUAAUCUAGAAUUAUUUGUUAUAAAAUACAAUAUUAUAAGUCUCCAUGUUUGGUUAGUGUUUAUCUAUAGUGUGGCGAGAUAAACUUUCAUCAUUUUCAAUCCAAGGGUCCACUUGAUUUAGUUGUAGUUAUAAAAUGACCGUACCAAAUAUUAUAGAUUAUUUAAAUAGUGCUGAUUUUUUAAAAUCUAUUAUCUAAUAUAAUACUCUUCCGUCCCUAUGCUAUCUCAAUUUCAAAAAUGAAAAUGCCAAUUGGUUUUCGGCUGUGUUUUUUUUUAAAGCGAGGUAUUUAAAAUAAUAAUGCUUAUUUAUGUUUGUUUCUGAUAUAUUAGAUAUUUUUGACAUAUUUUUUGAAAUCAUAACAGAUUAAUCUGAUUUCCUUUUCCUUGAAGAUCUUGACAUAGACUUUUUAUUAAAACUCUUUGAACUUUUUUCACAAGUCGUGAACGAGAAUAUCCGAGAAUAGAACAGUAUUUAAACCCAGUUGUUAUUGAUGAAUUCAUGAAUUAUUGAUGAAUAAUGAUGAAUUCUAUUUAAUCAGCAAAAGGUAGAAGCAUGAUAAUUACAAAUACGUAAAUGUUUAUUUAUUCAUAUUGGUCGGAAUAAUGGUGAAUUCCAUGAUAAUAAUAUUGCAAAUAAAUAAAGGUUUA